ACUCUUCUCUCUCACUCACUCACUCACUGCGAGCCUGCAGCAGAGUUGGUUGUUUUUAGUUCGUUGGUUGGUUGGUUGGGGUUUUUUCGCAUUGGAGGAUCUGCUUUAGAGCGAAAUUCUAAUGGCGAUUCGCCUUUCUUCUUCCUUUACUCUUCUGGUUAUCUUUUGCUUCUUCACUAUUCCUCUGUUUCUCUGCAAUGGCUUCCCUGACCAACCCACCGGUCAACAUCAUCACCACCCUCGUUUUACCAGACAAAAUUAUAGAGACGCUCUGACCAAAUCUAUUAUCUUCUUCGAAGGGCAGAGGUCAGGGAGACUGCCAGCUAACCAGAGGGUCACAUGGCGGAGAAACUCUGGUCUCUCCGAUGGUUCCGCUAUGCAUGUUGAUUUGGUGGGAGGCUACUAUGAUGCAGGGGACAACGUGAAGUUUGGCUUCCCCAUGGCCUUCACCACGACCAUGCUUUCAUGGAGUGUGCUUGAGUUCGGCGGAUUGAUGAAAGGCGAGUUGCAGAACGCGAGACAGGCGAUUCGUUGGGCGACUGAUUACCUCCUCAAAGCCACCGCUCAUCCAGACACCAUUUACGUUCAGGUAGGUGAUGCGAGCAAGGACCACGCCUGUUGGGAAAGGCCGGAGGACAUGGAUACGCCGAGAAGCGUGUUCAAAGUUGACAGAAACUCGCCUGGUUCGGAUGUGGCGGGUGAGACGGCGGCAGCACUUGCGGCGGCUUCUUUGGUUUUUAGAAGAAGUGAUCCAACUUACUCCAAGAUUUUGAUAAGAAGAGCCAUGAGGGUGUUUCAGUUUGCUGACAAGUACAGAGGAGCUUACAGCAAUGGGUUGAAUAAAUUUGUUUGCCCAUACUACUGCUCUUACUCUGGUUAUGAGGAUGAGCUGCUUUGGGGAGCUGCUUGGCUGCACCGGGCCACCAAGAAUCCAACCUACCUCAACUACAUUGAAGUGAAUGGCCAGACACUGGGAGCUGCUGAGUAUGACAACACCUUUGGGUGGGAUAACAAGCAUGUUGGGGCUAGGAUUCUUCUCUCCAAGGCAUUUCUUGUCCAGAAAGUAAGAUCCCUCCAUGAUUACAAAGGCCAUGCAGAUAAUUUUAUCUGUUCCCUAAUUCCAGGAGCUCCUUUCUCUUCUACCAAAUACACCCCAGGUGGGCUCCUUUUCAAGAUGAGUGAUAGCAACAUGCAGUAUGUCACCUCUUCUUCUUUCUUGCUACUAACCUACGCCAAGUACUUGACCUCCGCUCGUACCCUUGUUAAUUGUGGUGGUACCGUCGUUACCCCUAAGAGGCUUAGGUCCAUUGCCAAGAAGCAGGUGGAUUACUUGCUAGGAGACAAUCCAUUGAAGAUGUCCUACAUGGUGGGGUAUGGUCGUCGGUACCCACAAAGAAUUCACCACAGGGGCGCAUCAUUACCGUCGAUUGCGGUUCACCCAGCCAAGAUCCAGUGCUCAGCAGGCUUCAGCGCCAUGAAAUCUCAAUCCCCAAAUCCAAACGUUCAUGUGGGGGCAAUUGUUGGUGGGCCAGACCAGUAUGAUAGGUUCCCUGAUCAACGGUCGGAUUAUGAGCAAUCAGAACCAGCCACGUAUAUUAACGCACCACUCGUAGGUGCACUGGCUUAUCUCGCUCACUCAUUUGGCCAACUCUAGGGCCUUCCCUUAUAUUAUUAGUUGUUAAGCUCUGGUUGGUUUACUUUUUAAUUUUUUAAGCGUUAAGAGGUGUUUUUAUAUUUGUCUGCAAGUGCACGAGGCAACAGGGUCGAGGCCUAAAGCGGCUCGAGCUUCCAAGCCUUGAAAGCACAAUGGUCUAGAGGGAUAGAUGGGCUUAUUAAUUAUUAUUAUUAGUAUCAGUAUUAUAUAUACCGUUGUAAACAGCUUUAAGAUCCGUGGACCGUUCGAGGAACGGCGUUCAUGUAUUGUUGGUGACUAAAUGUCUCACAUAACAUGACUUGUGUGCUCCAA